UGCGCCAUCUUGUGGUGUUGAUUUCUUUGUUGUGAUAAAAUACUCAUUUUUGUCACAAUUAUCCGAAAAAUGGGGGACAGUGACGAGGAAUAUGAUAGACGAAGGGCACGUGAUAAGUUUCGCCGCGAAAGAAGUGAUUAUAAUGAUCGUAGACGCGAUAGAGAUGAUCGAGGAGGUUCCAGAAGAGAAGACUGGUCGGACAGAAGACGAGAUCAAGGGUCGUGGGAUCAAAGACGAAGAGGCGAAUAUCGAGACUUUGAACGAGGACGGAGAGAUAGUUCUGGCCGACAUCAUGAAAUGAGUCCUCCAAUGCCGAAGCGUAUGAGGAGAGAUUGGGAUGAGCCAUUUCACAAUGAUGGUAAUUUCCCCUAUGGGGGAGGAGGUAACAAUGCAGGGGGAGGCAUGCAUCAUGGCUGGAAUCAUCCUGGUGGUGAUGUUCAGCAGAUGCAGAUGGGGCAGGAUGCCAGACAGAUGAGACCUGAUGGUUCAGCCGAGGGACACCAGGGACCUGUUAUGCUGACCUUYAAACAGUUCCUAAAUGCACAAGAUGAUAACAUUGAUGACAUGGAAGCAGUGAAAAAAUACCAAGAGUACAAACUAGAGUUUCGUAAAACCCAACUUGGAGAUUUUUUUCAGCAGCACAAAGAAGAGGAAUGGUUUAGAGGUAAAUAUCAUCCUAAAGAAGCAGCAAUAAAACAGAAAGAAAUGCAAAAAGCAGUGAGACGAAGAGUUUCUUUCUUCCUGGAAUUAAUGAAGUCUGGUCGUGCUGAUUCCCUGUUGCUGGACACAGAACAUAGUGAUGACAUUGUGAAACUGUUGGAUGCAGUGGUCAUCAAGCUUGAGGGAGGAUCAGACUUUGACUUGUCUAUCCUGGACCGUUCACCAUCGCCAGAGAGAAAACUGGGUGAUGACAGAGAUGGUGAGAAGCUUUCCAAAAGAGACAGAAGAAAAGAAAGUGCUAGAUCCCAGUCUAGCUCGCCUUCCCGUUCUCCUGCUGCAAGAAAAUCAACGGAAAAGAAAGAUUCUAGUGAGGUUUUCAUCCCUCCAGUAUCGCCAUCAUCCGUUCCUUUACCUGAUGCUCCUCCACCUAAAGGUAAACCAGAAACUGCCUCUCAGAGUGAUGCUAAACCCAUGUCAAUGCCUGAUCCUACACCAGAACAGAAACAAUUACAGCAAAGAGCACAACAUUAUCAUCAACAGAGUCAGCAUUACCAGCAACAGUCGGCAGAGCAAUCAGGACAACAAGAAGAACCAAAACCCACUGAGGGUACAAAGGAUGAACCUGGUAAGAAAAGACGUAAACAUCGUCACCGUGAACCAUACUAUUAUGAUGCAAUGGAAGAUGAUAGCGAAAGUGAGUCAGACUCAGAAUCUGACUCAGAACCAGCKCCCCCCGGUGAGGAAAUAGUGUCAAGUGAAUCUAAAGGCGAAGAGGAACUACUACCACCAGGAGUUGAGGCUUCUGCUGGGGAUACAAGCAUUCAAUUACCAACAAGCUCAUCRGGCACUGACAUUGUUACUAAACCAGCUGACAAGUCAGAAGCUGAUGAAGCAGCRGUAGGUUCAAGUGAAUCUGUCACCAGUCAAGAUAAAAAUCCAACAAAGGCAACAACUUCAAUGUCAGAUGAUGCAGCAAUUGAUUCCACUCAAAGCCCAGACCCCAAGAAACCAUCUGAGAGUCCUGACCAAUCAGAGGAAAGUAUCAAAACAGGAGACCCYCAGGUUGGGAGUACUGUCAAUAAUGAUAAUGGUAUUAGCACAAGACUAAGUGAGGAUGUAGAGAUGGUUGCUGCUUCAUCUAGUGAAGCAGAACGAAGAACUUCACAGGAUGCUGAGACAACAUCAAAUGAUGUCAAACCACCAUCGACACCUGUCACUCCUGACAUGGCCAAGAAAAAUGAAGAAGCUAUAGAUUCUAACAAACUAGCAGAGAAAAAAGAAGUACAAGAAGAAGAAAGUCCAAUGAAGACAACACCAAUCAAGGAAUCAAAGGAGAAUACCAUUGAAGAGAAGGAAAAGGAUUCUGCAGAAGAAGGAGAAGCAAAGGCAAAGGAGCCAUCUUCCCCUGAACCAAGACCUCUUCACAAGACAUAUUCAUUAUUCAUGAGAAAUAUACCUCCUAACAUCUCCAGGACCGACAUUGGCGCUAUUUGCAAGAGAUUUCCUGGUUUUCUUCGAGUUGCUCUGUCAGACCCAAGCCCAGAUAGGAGAUUUUAYCGAAGAGGCUGGAUAACUUUUGAAAGGAGUGUUAACAUCAAAGAUAUCUGUUGGGAUUUGAAYAACAUCAGGAUCAAAGAUGCAGAACUAAACCCUGUAGUCAAUCGUGAUCUGUCRCGUCGUGUUCGUUCAGUCAGYGGAAUUACAUUUGCAAAACAAGUGAUCAGGGAGGACAUCAAACUGGCUGCUCAGUUGGUUAGAAUACUGGACAAAAAGGCUGCUGUGUAUGAGAAAGAAAAGAAAACAGAAGAAACAAAUGGGAGUGAAAAGGAAAAGGAAAGUGAGAAAAAAGAAGAAAAGGAAGAAGGAGAAGAAGGACCAUCAGAGGAAAAAGAACCUUGCUUCAACAUCCCUGAUGCUAAUCCUAUCCUAGCAUCCCUGUCAGAAGAUGCUACAGAAGAAGAAGAAGGUGAAGAAAUGGAGCUACUAGGAACGUCAUCUGCCACUAAGGACAGUACRGARCAAUCAGAAGUAGACCUGACGGUUGAUGUGAACCUACUGCGUGUGCUUGAUAGAAUGAUACUCUAUCUUCGUGUUGUGCAUUCAGUGGAUUACUACAAUGGUGGAGACUAUCCCCAUGAAGAUGAGAUGCCAAAUCGAUGUGGAAUAAUACAUGUCAGAGGACCAGCUCCAGAGAAAGCUACGCAAUCUGAAGUCCAAGAAUGGCAGAAGUCAUUGAAACAAAAACUUGAACCUUACAUGGAGAAUAAAGAGCCUAUUAGUGAUGAAGAAGUCUUGAAACUSGGCAAGAAAGAUCCAGAAGCUGAAAUUGAAAAGUUUGUUGAAGCCAACACACAAGAGCUCUCUAAAGACAAGUGGCUUUGCCCUCUGAGUGGGAAGAAGUUUAGAGGACCAGACUUUGUCAGAAAACACAUCUUUAACAAACAUGCUGACAAAGUGGAGGCUGUCAAACUAGAGGCAGAGUUUUUCAAUCGAUACUUGAGUGACUCAAAAAGACCACAGGACCCUGAGCCAGCAGCCCAGAAAAAUGCUGGUCCUCAGGGGGGKCAUGUAGGGGGACAAAUGUAUGGUGGUCAGCAGCAUGAUGGGCAAGGCAUGAUGGGAUGGAGUCCUAGACCUCAUAUGAUGAUGUAUGGUCCACGUGGUCCAUAUGGAACCCCACAUUCAUUUGGAGGGUUUGGUCCAGAGGGAUAUGGUAGAGGGGCAGCCCACACCUUUCCACCAAAGCCAAGAAGAUUUGGAGAUGGUGGUCGUGGUUUUAGGCAGCAGGACAGGGGAUUUCAUAGAGAACAGCGACARAUUGUACAGUAUAGGGACCUUGAUGCACCUGAAGACACUGAUAUGUUCUAAUGCUGGACAGAUGAUUGCUCAAGACAUCACCAACAUUUUCUUCUUAUCUAUGGCCAUUUAUAUAUUACAUGCCCUGCAGUAACUUAUCAACAAAAUGUAACUUAUUACAGUAUCAAGCAAAGUAGUGRUAUAAAUGUUUGUCAGUAAUUAGGAAUUUAUAAUAAUUAUUAUUUUGUCUCUGACGGUAAAAACGUUAUAGUAAAGUAAGCUGUAAUUAAUUGUACUUGACAUGUGAUUUAGAUGGGUCGUCUAUGGUUUUCUGAGACAGGAAGCCCAAAUUACUAUCACUGGUCGUGGUAGGUCUUGUGUCAACAUAAUCUUCCCUUUUUAAGUAAUUUAAUAUUGUGAAUAGUAAAUAAAGAAUGACCUAAUCUUAAAA